AUGAAGUUCAUCUGGGUCUGUGCGGCAUUGAUGGCCAUGUUUGUUACAGGUGAGUGCCUGACCUGUAACACCUGCAGGGUGGGCGUGGCAGGUAAAUGUCCGUACAGCUCCACCAAGAACUGCAUUGACUCUGAGCCCAACUGCUACAAGGGAGAACUGGUCUUCAACAUCAGUCGUUUUGUGACGCUGCAGACUCGAGGCUGCAUUGCCUCGUCUUUCUGCAACCAAACUCAAUCCGGAGCCCUCCUGACUGCCGGAUACACCGUCUCUAGGACCUGCUGCAGCACCGACCGCUGUAACGGAGCCACAUCCAUCCAGCUUCCUCUGACUGCUGCUUUGAGCGCCGCCCUACUGGCCGUUUGUUUCACCUGGAGCCUUUAAAAGAAACAACAAAAAAAAUCCUAUUCAUUACUGGGGUGUUGUCUUAUAUGUAAUCAUUAAGGAGUAGCUUCAUUGUAAACUCAUUGUUGUAGCUUCU